AUGGACGACUUCGCUGGAGAAAGGCUCUCAUGGAAUGAGCUGACCGAGCCACCACGAGGGAGGUCACUGCCAAGGAGCGCCGCACUCGAUUCACCGGAAAGUGCCUCACUAGCAAGAGCAGUUCCCGGCCGAUCGGUCACGUCGGUGCGAGGUGUCCUCACGGCGAAAAGACGCUACCGGAUUUCGGCACCUCGAGAGCGCGUUGAAAGAACGACGUCGACGGCUCUGUUGCUCGAGCAACAACGGCUGUUUGGCCCUUCCGCUACGUCACCGUCUACAUGGUCAGCGGCAUCGCGGUCACCAACGCCGUCCGAGCUGUCGAAGGAAUGGACUCCUCUGCUUCGGCCGAGUAAGGGACCACCACCACCUCUUCCAAAGCCGGGAGUGACGUUCGCCUUGGCUGCUUCGACGACGGUGGCGAGCGGCCGGCCUUAUGAUAAGACGUCCACAAUGCCACCGGUGGGUGACAGUCUCUCUAAAAAGAUUGUCGACGAUGAUAUUGGCACCGCCCUUGUCCCAUCGAGGAAAACGCAUCAAGCAAAACGGGCUCAGUUUCCGCACGCAGCGUCAAUGCCUUCGCUACUCAUGCCGAACGAGGAUGCUGUUCGCAUCGACUUCGAAGACCAGAGGAAGCUUCGGGUAGACAGCUACUUCUCCGACGAGAGUCACCGGACCAGAUUGCCUGCGUUGCCUUGCAACACGCCCGUAGGGAUGACGCCGAUCGGCCGGCGACCAACUCUGGUCGAGCCCGUCUGGCAAGCUAGCGCGAGCCACUUGAAACUUAUCGCAGCGUCGACAGCAUUCUGCGCGCUAAUCGUCGCCAUCAGCGUUGUCGCAGACUCGAGCUUCCCGCACUGCGAGCACCCGAUCACGUGCUUCAACCUCACGCGCGAGCUGGAGGCCAGCAUCGACGCCAGCGUGGACCCGUGCUCGGACAUGUACGAUCACGUUUGCGGACGCUGGUCCGAGCAAUACCCCGGAAAGCGACACCAAUUCGCGCUUCUAAACGAGAGACUACGUUUCGUUCUCUUCCGAGCGGUCGAGGAGUCGCGCGACCAGAAGAACGCCGCGGAGAAGGCUGGCCUAGCCUUGGCUUCGUGCAUGAGAGUCUGGAGCAGCGGAGACGUCGACAACACCGGCUCCAUCAGCGACGUACUCAACCGACGCGGCCUCAUCUGGCCGGCGACAACGAACGUGGCUGUGCGAGACGUAUUUCGCCAACUGGUCGCCUUCACCCUGAAGGACGACAUCAGCGUCUUCUUCGCCCUCAAGGUGUUCACCCAUCUGAAGGCGGGGGACAAGUACACGUUCGAGUUAAAGUACCCCCAGCUCAUAAUGGAGCCCAUUCUCGACCCCGAAGAGCUGCAGACCUGCAUCAGGACCUACAACAGCAGCGUCGAUGUCACGGGACUCGCGAUGCAAAUAAUAAACCUGGAGCUGGACUACGCCACGAGCACGGCGGUCAACUCGGCCUACGACUACUCACCCAAGUACCACAAGUUCGGCGACAUCGAAGCAAUGUACAACUCCUCAAUCGUCAGUACCGACUGGUGGCUGGACGCUAUCAACGAACACUUGCCGAGCGACGCCGCUGUUGGUUCGGACAGUGUCUUCCUGCUCUACGACAAGUUUGCCCUGUCUUCGGUCACUGACAUUCUAUCCGUAUAUUCGGACAGGACUAUGAACCUGCAGAAUUUCAUUGGAUGGAAGAUAGUUAGGUACCUUUCCUACGGGGCCUCCAGCAAGCUGUCCACUUGCGACUUCCGCGACGAACGGGGCAACUGGACUUUCACGUUCCCCGUGGCCCUGAAAUACUGUAUAAGAUACGUGAACGAGAUCCUUCCUUACGGCCUCCUGACACUACAACUUUCUGGCAUACUAGCGGGCAGCGAAAUUCCUUACGCCCGAAAUAUGACAAACGAUAUACGGCGUGCCAUAGAAAUCUCCUACAACUUCUCCUGGCUGGACGAGCAGUCGGCGGCGGGGGCGGUUCGACGACUUCGGGACAUCCACGCUAUCAUAGGCGGACCGAGCAGACUUCUUUCGCGGGGAGCAGUGGAUGCUCACUACAGACACAUUCCUGGCGUGUACAAAGAAAGUUUCGUUAACUGGCUCGUGGACUCCUACCGAGCAGUCGCCGAGAGCAAGAUUAAGCUCGUUUAUCCACCCAGUCACCCCGAUUACCGCUCACCGAGCCGCGACGACUGGGAACUGACCGAAGACACCGUGAGCGCAUUUUACCUGCCGCCAUAUCACCUAAUCUACGUGCCGGGAUCACUCCUAAUGCCACCAUUUCAGAGCGAUUCGGCUCCCGACUCGUUCAACUACGGAGGCCUCGGCAAGGUCAUCGCCCACGAACUGACGCACGCCUUCGACCCGAAGUACAUCGAUGUAAAUUACGCUCGCGAGCCGGACGUUUUCUACACGCCGCAGAUCAAAGAGAAGUUCUUGGCCAAAAUCGACUGCUUGAUUCUUCAGACGAACGCGAUGUCCCAGGAUCUGUUCGUUGGCGAGCGAACCAUUACUGAGUCCUUCGCCGACAACUCUGGUACGGAGCUGGCCUACCUGACCUACGCGGCGCUUGCCGAAGCGAGACGUAAGGAUGGCGUGGCUGGUUUUACGGCAGACCAAAGUUUCUUCGCUGCGACUUGUUUCUUUUUGUGUGGCGCGGACGGCGAGAAGCGGGUCGAGAACUCGGUCUACCUGUCUCUCAAGGCUCGCUGCAACCAGCCCUUGAUGAACACGGAACAGUUCGCCGAAGCCUUUCCGUGCGCGGUGGGAGCUCCGAUGCGCCCGCGGAACCGCUGUGACAUUCACACGCCCAGAAUGAUGUCAAGACGGUGAGGGUUUCUUGCGCCCUACUUGAGUGCUGCAGUUUCAUAGUCGUCUUGAAUGUUUCUCUUAGCUUCACUUUAAGUCAUGUGCUCGGCACUCUCUUUCAAAGAACGUGCUUCGAUGUACUCGUAUACGCGGAUGUGGAGGUAUUGCUCCAAAUAGAAAACGUUGAUAGACAUUACAUGACUGUUGCGUGGUCUUUUGCGCCUCUUCCACGUAUGCUUAGCCUGCCUACUUGAAAACAGUCAACACAUGCGCUUCAUUUUUGUGCGCGUUCAAUGACUCCCCGCGGGACUUGUAUCCACAGGCGCACGUCUUGUGUGUAAGAACUCAGUGCUCCAUUGCUUGUGCUCGUUCUGUUGUCUGUAACUUCCAUCUUUCCGUAGAAUGAAAAUGUCUUAUAGCGUACGGCGAGAAGCACGAGUGUGUGGCAAUAAAUCUCCGUUUU